AUGGAGAUCGUCGACAUGCUGGAAAGACGAAGGGUUGACAUCUGUUCUCUACAGGAAACAAGAUGGAAAUCAAAUGAUGUCUCUUUCAUUGGGAGUUACAAGUUGUUCUGGAAUGGCCAAAAACCGGUAUAUCUGAAGACGCCAAAAGUGACUUCUGGAACUCAAUCUCAUAUACCAUCAUCAGAGAUACCAUUGAUAUGUGGCGACCUCAACGGCCAUGUUGAAAAUAAAGCAAAUGAGUUCCACGGUUUCCAUGGAGGCUUUGGCUAUGGGUCUCAAAACGAAGACGUAGCUAAGGACACGGUCUAUGAGGGUACAUCUCACAGUGAUACGGUUCUGCUGGUACAUUCCAGAGGUAACACGGGGGUUCAUGCAAAAGGGAUGAUGAAAGAUCCAAAAGGGACUUUUAAACCAGGUCAACCGUGUUAUGUCAAGUACUAUGGCCCAAGAAGAGAUCGCCAAGCCAGAUGGGUUCCUGCAAAAGUUGUUCGAAGAUUAGGUCGAAGACACAUAUUGGUGAAAUCGAUCCCACAUGGUCUUCUAUGGAAACGACACUUAGAGCAAAUCCGUCCUAGAUACGGUGCCAACCAAAAUGGCGACCAAGGGGAAAUCACUGGGUCCCAGUCCCAAUUUGAUUCAAGGCAUUCAAUCGUCAAACCCGCCACGCCUGAAAAUAGUCAAGUGCUUUUCGACCCGAUGUUUCUCCCAAGAAGAUCGGAACGUAUACGUCAUAAGUUUUCCCACAAACUUUAG